GAAGAGCUUCAGUCACAUAGCAGGAUCAGCAGAGGUGACAGCACAGAGGACAACAGAGAAGAUCAGAUGGAGGAGUCUCAGUUCUACCGAUGGCUUCAACUGUUGGGUCUCCUGGCUCUAUCAUAUCUGGUCCUGAAACAGGUGUGGACCCUGCUGAUCGGGAUCAAAACCCAUAUACUCUCCCGGUGGUGGAGGACUAACCUCAAGAAGAAGUAUGGAGGAUGGGCAGUGGUAACUGGAGCGUCAGAUGGAAUCGGGAAGGCCUAUGCAAAGGAGUUGGCCAGGAGAGGCUUCGAUGUCGUCCUCAUCAGUCGCAGUGUGGAUAAGCUACAAAAUGUUGCAGAUGAGAUAGAAAAAGAGAGUCGACAAAAAACCAAGAUCAUCGAGGUAGACUUCACAGAAGGGACUGAGAUUUAUCCAAAAGUGGAGAAGGCUUUGAAGGACUUGGAUAUCGGAAUUUUAGUGAACAAUGUUGGAAUAUCUUACUACCCCGAAGCAAGAAGAUUUCUUGAGGUCCCUGAUGUUAACAAGGGGAUAAGCGACAUCAUGAACUGCAACGUACUAUCCAUGGUGCAUAUGACCCGGAUUGUGUUACCUAGAAUGGUGGAGAGGAAAAAAGGCCUGAUCAUAAACAUCUCCUCCGCUGCCGGGGCCCGUACCUACCCAUCAUUAACAAUGUAUUGCGCUACUAAGGCUUUCAUGGACUUUUUCUCCCGCUCCCUCUACUACGAGUACAGAUCUGAUGGGAUUACAGUUCAGUCUAUUAUGCCGCACUUGGUGUCCACCAACAUGAACUACAACAUGAAGACCAAUAUUAUGGUAAAGACCAGUGAUGACUUUGCCCGGGAAGCUCUAAACACUGUGGGGUACUCCCAUCGGAACAAUGGCUGCCUCAUCCACAGCUUCCAGGAUUACAUCCUUGAUCAACUGCUGACUGAGACCUUCAUGAAUUCACAGAUCUGUCUGUUCAUUGGUGGCUAUGCAUUGAGAUUUCUCUUCAGGAUGCUGAUGAGGAACAAAAGUCAAUAAUAAAUAAUCAGGGAAAUUG